AUGUUCGCAGUAUAUUUUCAUGGGCAGUAUAAAGGUCAUGAUGGUCUAAUAGACAAAUUUGACGAAAUGAGAAUCUUUACAGUUCGUUCAGACGAAAGUCUUGAGAAAACUCUAAAUGACUUUCAAACUCAAAUGAACAAAUAUUAUUGGGAAUUUCAAGAAAAAUACGACUCUUUACUAAAUGGAACAUACUAUCUGAAACUAGAAUAUGACAAGAUGAACUCCACCGUUUCAUUUCAAAAGAUUGAAAUUAACCCUCCAAGAGAUACAGAGUUUUUAUUUUGGAAAGUAGACAAACGUUCUUGGGCACAAUUUCUUCGGUUACUAAACCAGAACGAACCAUUACCACCAGAUGGUCCAUUUAAAUUUAUACUUCCACCAGCAGAUUUGACAGUUUAUAGAAACGUGUUUGACCCUCAAAAUGUUAUGUGUCAUGCAAGUUUCAGUUCAAGCAACAAUAGUUUUCUAUGUAUUGGUAAGGACUUUUAUGACUUUGCUUCUAAAUUCUACGAACCACCUAGUAACAGUUUCUCUGACUUUCAAGUUUGGUUCACAACAAAUGGUGUGCAACAUAUUAUUCCAUUGUACUAUGACUUUUAUCUCGAAUUGUCUUUCAUAUAUAACUACGGAAAAGUGCUGAAAAAGUAUUGA